AUGUCAAUUAUUUCAGAAGCACGCAGAACCAACGGUAAUUUUGGUAGAGAUGCGCCUCGAUCACCUAUUAGUAUCUCAACAGAUUCUAGUAGGAGGAAUUCGUUGAGGCCAAUUCUCCCAGACAAGCUUUCAGAGCCUCCAACUCCAGUUUCACCUCCAACUUUUGACCGUUUGUCGAAAAAGCGAGUCGCAUCACUCGAUACUGAGAGUGCAAAUCAACCACGAAUCGGAGAUCUCGCAUUGAAUAGUGCGAGCACAAGCAGUAGUACCACCGGAGGACCUUUGCCAAUUUCUGAUACGGCCGUCACAGAACAAGUGUGCCUUUGUCAACCUGACCCAAAGAUACCACGACCUCGAAACGCAUUUAUCCUUUACCGUCAACAUUAUCAGGCACAGGUCGUCGCCCAGCAUCCCGGUCUUGCAAAUCCCGAAAUAUCAAAGAUCAUUGGCGAACAGUGGCGAGAGCAGGCUCCAAACGUAAAAGAGGAAUGGAGAAGGCUCGCUGAAGUAAAUAACAUAGUAAUGGCCCGUGAUUUUUGA